UUUCCCCCUUCCCGCAGCAGCGACACUCUGAGCCUCCGCGAAGGAGAACGAGAUGACUAUCUUCUGAGAAUUACGGGCGUUGCGUGCAAGCAAGCAUGGUUGAGAAAGACGAUAUCAACUCCCUCCUACAGACGGGGUCUUGGAGGACCUCGCGCUCGAGGAGCCCGAGCCAUUACGAUUCACAAGGUCGGGUGUAUGAAGCCGCCAAGCCCAACAUCCGUGUUCCUAGGACAUUGGAACCGGUAUCGAUGGAAUCGCUAUCGCGCACCAAGCGACCGCCUCCUCCGUGUGUCGAAGAUGAGGAGGAAUCGCUGGCCAAAGAGUACGUUGGAUCGAUUGUGUCGGCAGUAUCCGACGAGGAACCCAAGUCCCGCGGCGAGAUUGACCAGCAACCCAUUUUGCUGCCCGUGCAUGAGCAUAAUCCGGAGCGCAGAUUUGUGAUUGUUCCCGGCGCAGCGCCCGAGGACGCUUCCAAGACCGCUCAGGCUCGCUAUGAAGCCAACACGUGCCGAAAAUAUGUCCUCGUGACUUCAGAUAACGGCGCGGAAGACACCGAGAGUGCCAAGGAAGAAGGGGCAAAGGAAACGUCUUCGAAGCAGAAAGUUGACCAGCCGAAAGAGAAACCCGACAUCCCAAAGCGAAAGAGCCACCAGGAGCUGCCUCGUCUCACGACUGAUUUCGAACAUGCUGACGCCCCUCCAAUCCGCCGGUCAGGCAGCCGACGCGACCGGGAAAGGCCUCUCGUGCACCAAGAGCCACAAGAUUACAAUAAGUCUCGCGACAGAUCCAGCGCGAGGCCUCCCGACAGCGCCUUCCUCUCGCCCGCCGCCGUGAAACAUACCUCCGGGCGGCGAGAACGGGCUUACUCGGACGCCAGGUCGGAUGCGAGCGGCAGAUCGAGCCGCAGUCCUACGACGAGGAAGGCUGCCGAGGUCGAAGUGUUCGACACGAGACGGCCGCCGCACUCUUCAAACAAGUACCCGGCAAGCCCCGGCGUGCACCGCCGCGCCUCGUCCACGACCACCGUGCCCCGCCGUGAUAGUCCGCCGCGUGAGAGGAUUCGAAACGGACCGCCUCCUGAGAGGCCAAAGUCCUUCCUUCAGCCUUACGGCAACGGCGAUCCCGACGAGAUCCUGGCUUACAUGGCACCAGGGCGUGACUUCACGCCGGGCAGGCCGAACAGGGACGUCUCGCCCCCAAGGAGGACGCCAAUUAACAACUCACCGCCCCACCCCCGCGGAGCGAGAGAGAUGCCUGGCCCGUCGCCGAAUCGUAGGCGGCAGCCCCGGUCCGAGACCCGCGACUGGGACGGAUACUCGAGCGACGAGGCCCACAGGGAGAGGCGCCCUACCCUAGCAGAGCGCAGCUAUCCCAUCCGCUCGACGUUGGACCCAGACCGUCCCACCCUUCUCUCGCCCGAGCAAACCCGGAGACCAAAUCCCAAGCUUGAGCCUGCGGGCCCGACCAUUCUAGCUCCUCUUGGGGCCCAGGUUCCGCACGAUCCUCUCCAAUUGAGUUCGCGGAGCGCGACAUUUCCAUCCUCCAAGACUAAGACGGCUAGCGAGUGUUCCGCUUCACCACCCCCUGCGACCAGCUCGUCUCCUCCCCGAGGCCCCGCUAGGAGCACUAAGGGGCCGCAAAUGGGAGCGCAUUCUCGGGACGCAAGCAUCGGCCCAGUUUCAAACGGGUCCGGUUCACAGCCACCUUUGGGCCCGGGCUCACUCGGCCGGACCGGCACUCUGGAGAGAUCCCCAGGCGGACCCGUAGCCACGCUGAUGCAGCAGGACCCCUCGGAUCCGCAAUCGCCGGUACUCUACUGGCAACCACGCCGCUCCGCCGAGCAGGACGAGGCAGGAAGCGGUGUGACAAGCCGUGCCCUUGCGCGACUCCCCGGCUGUCGGUGGAGGAACGCUGCUCUGGCUCGGAACAGACCGGGUAGCGAGCAGUUCCUGACGUUGAAGCGCGCCGACAACUUCAGGAUUUGUCCUGACUGCUACGGUGCGCUGUUUGCUAAUACCCAAUUUCAGCAUCUGUUCGUCCCGGCUCCUGCCCGCUGGGGGGACCGGGCCAUUUCGUGCGAUUUCGGCUCCUCGCCGUGGUAUCGCAUUGCCUACAUCAUGACGUUACAGCACAAGUACCAGGACUUGCGGCUGCUGCAAGGGAUAGCGUCCGUCGCAGCACAAUCGCAGGCCUGCGCUGGAAGCCAGCUCGCGACCCGCAUUUGGUACAGCAUGAUGGCGCCGAACUCGAGACGUCCUGUCCAGACGUUCAGCGUCUGCCUGGGCUGUGCCAAGAUGGUUGAGGUCCUCUUGCCCAACCUGGCCGGCGUGUUUGUGCCGCUGAACUCGCAUGAACCGACUAGAGGCAUCUGCGAGCUCCAUUACGCCCCAGACCGCAAGCGCUUUUUUGACUAUUUCGAGGAAAUGAAGAUGACGUCGGCCGCGGCGCUCAGCCGCAGGACGGCGCCCAAUCUUAUCGAACUGGUCGAUCGUAUUCGAGAGAUCUCCCUCCACGACGAGUGCCUGCGCAAUACCCCGAUUCCGAACCGCAAGUGGCACGUUCUGCAGCGGGUGCCAGAAUUCACCGUGUGCGAGGAGUGCUUCAACUCCGUUGUCUGGCCGAUGAUCGAGGACGAGGACAACGGCAGCGAUAUGGCCCGGAACUUCUUGAAGCAUAAGCAGCUCAAACCGGUUGCAUCUUGCCAGCUGUACAGCGAGCGUAUGCGCCGGGUGUUCCUGGAGGCGUGCAAAUACGAUGAUUACGAUUUCCUCGCCAACUGCGUGCUAAACAGGCUGCGGGUCCUGUCGGAGGUCAAGGCGAGAUACAACGAGCUGCAGAGGGAGGACCAGGAGGACCCCGAGGUCCAGGAGGAGUUGGCGGCUUUGGCGAGGCAGUUCAAGGAGGUUGAGUAGUACUCGAGAAGAGGAGAAGGGCUGUGAGGUGCUGGUGAAGGUUGCAUGCGACCGCCUCAAAGCUCAUGUCAUGUGCCGGGCAGCGGUUAAUAGUGUUAUGACAACGACCAACAUACUUGGGCAGUGAGAUCAAUUGAUUCAGCUUUCGAGCGAAUGCGCCUGCCACCUCCGAUUUGAACUUGCUUGACUUCACGGUUCUGACCCAGCUAGCUGCUCAACAGCACACGUUGCGAGACGGAUUAAUUUCUUUAUAUCAACUUUCACCGGCAUUUGUACCCCAGAACUCUGUCCCGGCUGUAAUGGGAUGUCACCCAACCGCGUGGUAU